UUGUGUCUUAAUUCAAUAACUAAAGGUGCUUUAAAGCCAAUAAAAAUGCCAUUAACACCAGCACAAGUUGCACAAGCAGUAGCAUUAAUUGACCAAGGGCUGACACAGCGUGAAGUUGCUAUUGUGCUUAACGCACCACGGUCCUCAAUGCAGUAUUCACUGAAACGAUACCAGGAGACAGGACGCUACACCCGCAGGCCAGGCAGUGGGGGCGUAAGGUGCACAUCGGCCCGGGACGAUCGUUUUAUUGUUAUGGAGAUUUUGAGAAACCGCUACCUGACCGCUGUUGAGAUACGCCAGCGGCUCCAAAUCGCAAGAGGCGUUAAUGUUAGUGAGCGUACGGUGAGAAGACGAAUGGAGGAAGUGAAUUUAAAAGCUCGUAGACCAGCACGAGGUCCAGAACUUCUCAGACAGCACCGAGUAGCCCGACUUCAGUUCGCAAGAGAACAUGUCAAUUGGACCCACGAGCAAUGGGCUAGAGUGUUGUUCACAGAUGAGUGUCGAAUAGCUUUACGUGCUCCAGACGGUCGAGAACGAGUGUGGAGAAAAAGAGGAGAGAGUUUUCUACCCAUUACCACCACCCAAACUGUGAGUUUCCAUGGAGGCUCAAUAAUGGUAUGGGGAGGUGUAAGUUCCGACGCACGUACAGAGUUGGUCAUCGUCGAUAAUCGGCUUACAGCUACUCGAUACAUCGAGGAAGUUCUUCAGGAGCACGUAAUUCCUUAUUCGGGAUUCAUUGGACACGACCAAUUCCUCCUCAUGCACGAUAAUGCACGCCCGCACGUCGCACAUUGUGUAGAGGAAUAUCUGGAAGAGGUUGGAAUACAAAAAUUACAGUGGCCAGCUCGUAGCCCGGACUUAAAUCCAAUUGAGCAUGUAUGGGGUAUGUUCAAAAGAAAGAUAAAGUCCAGCUCCAAACCGCCACAAACUCUAAAUGAGCUCCGAAAUGCAGCGCUGGCCGCUUGGGACAGCAUACCGCAAGUUGAUGUCAGAAACAUCAUUCAAAGCAUGCCAGAUCGAAUGCAAGCGGUUAUCAGGGCUAGGGGAGGAAAUACCCGAUAUUAA